GCCUAUUACCUGCCUAUCUCUAGUAUCUGUAGUAUCUCUAGUAUCUGUAUAUCUAUAUAUCUGACCAUUAGAAUCUGUAUUUUUUUUUUAACACCGUAGUUUUACAAAUUAUAGAAUAAUUAAUUACCAGUGUUUUCCAAGUUUACUCGGCAGUUUGUUUCCUUAGCUAACGCUAGCUAAAGCUAGCGCUACUAGUUAGCUACGCAAUGGUUUGUUGCUUUGCUCCGGGUUGCAGCCACAGGUCUUCGCAUGAAACGUGCUCGUUCUAUCGUUUCCCGGCCGGAUUCGUGCCAUGAGACCAGCUGACAGGAAGCCCAAUGCCUGUUCCCGCAUCUGCAGCUGUCAUUUUCUUUUACAAAAGAGAAAAAGGCCCGUUUCCUUUAAAGCACAGAAUGUAGAAGAGCAUUCCUACUGUCUGAGAGGGAUAAUUGAUGGAAUGGAGGAAGAAGCUGCGUGUCUAAUGACUGAGGAGGAAGCAGGUCCAUCAACACAGGCGGCUGCUAAUGAAGAUCCUCAACCACUAUCUGAGAAUGCCGAGGAGCAAGCAACCACGGUAGGAGAAAAACUUCAAUCUCAGCAAAGACACAUAAUGCAGCUAGAGAUCCAGCUAGAGGAGUCCAAGGCAAAGCAGAGUUACUGCCGUGACAAGUAUUCUGCCUCUCAGCUGAGUGAAAAGGUUCUUCGGAUGGAGACAGGAUUGCCAGAUAGAGACACAUUCAGUGCUGUGUGUGAGUAUGUUGCUCCUUUUGAGGGUUCCAUUACAUACCCAGAAGGUUGGUUCCCCAAAUCACUGAGUCUUGAAGACCAAGUUUUCAUGACCCUCGUGAAACUGCGUCAUAAUUACACACACCUUCAUCUGGCUGCACUCUUUCACUGCGGUGAAAGCACUGUCAGAAAUGUGAUUCUAACAUUUAUAGAGGUUCUCCAUAAAUUACUUUUUAAGGACAUAAUGAGUACUGUUCCCAGCCGGGAGAAAAAUAAAACCAGUUUGCCUUCUUCAUUUCGGUACAUCCAAAACUGCAGAAUGAUAGUGGAUUGUACAGACAUCAAAAUUGCUAUCCCCAAGCAAAUGGAUAUCCAGAAAGAGACCUACUCUGCUUACCGUGGCAUGCACUCCUUCAAACUACUGCUGGGGGUAGCACCAAAUGCUGUGAUCACAUACUGCAGCAAACUAUACCCAGGAUCAACAAGUGACAAAGAAAUAGUACGGGAUUCUGGUGUUCUUCAGCAUUUCAAACCUGGAGAUCUGAUAUUGGCUGACAAGGGAUUCUUAAUCCAGAACAUUCUUCCUGAAGGAGUCACUGUCAACAUUCCCCCAUUCCUCUGUCAUGGCCAACUGACACACAGCGAAGCACAGGCUACAAAGCUUAUCGCACAAAAUAGGAUUCACGUCGAGAGAGCAAAUGCUCGUUUGAAAGAAUUUAGGAUCCUAAAGUUCAUUCCAUCUCACCUGAGGCACUUCGCAGAUAAACUGGUGCAGGUAUGUUGCGCACUAGUGAACUUCCAACGUCCUCUCAUAAAAGAGGUGGCAGAAAAAUAGUGUCUUUUCACAUGUAAACACAUAUGUUUCAUACACAUCUUUUCAACUCUGUAAGCCCCCCUCUCAAUCAACUUCCUCUUGACUGACUUUUCUGUUUAUUUUAUUUGACUAUAUUUAUUUGUUUGCCUGUCCUUGUUUCUCUACCCUCCCUCAUACUGUAAAGCGUCUUUGAGUUGUAGAAAAGCGCUUUAUAAAUAAAAUGUAUUAUUAUUAUACUUUGUUUUACAUUUUGAGUUCAUCAUUACACUCAAACUGUCUUUUCAUUGGGUGCAUUUUAUUUCUUUUAUUUAGAUUCUGCUGU